AUGGAGAACGGAGAUUUGAGGAAGGAGGAAACGCAGCAAGGAUCUUCUUAUACGUAUUGGGUGAGGGAAGCCACGGCGGAUGCCGCUCCCGUCCCUGUUCCAAAGAAGCUCUCCGUUGAAGACGUUGUCUCUUCUCAACCUAAGUCUACCGCCCUCGGGUCUGUCUGGAAUCGGGCAGGAACUUGGGAGGAGAAGAACCUUAAUAAAUGGGCGAGUGAGAGGAUAAAGGAGCUACUUACAUCAGUGGGAACCUUGGACUUCUCUGGUGGCAAAGCAGAAAUCAAAGCAGUUUCAAAAUGUUCCGGCGAUUUUGAGGUUCGGCUGAGCGACACAAAGGACAUCUCUCAGCAGAAUAAGCAGCGAAUCAACCGAGACGUGAAGUCAUUUUUAGAGCCUGUGCGAGAGAAACUGCUCCAAUUUGAGCAGGAACUGAAGGAUAGGUAGCGGGAGCAAAGCGACCAAAGGUGUCGUAUUUGUGAUUGAAGUGUAUGAUAGUAUGCUGAGACCAAUCUUCAUUUUCUCCCCUGUUUAAACUGAGACCCAAUGCACUUGUUUAUAGCAGUAGCCGUGUUAAGGCAGUUUGAACAUUCACUUUGGCCACGGGACUCUCUGAUUAAGUGUUUGAUGAAUUGGGAUGUGUGUGUUCUCAGGUUUCACAGUUAGUGGACAACUAGAACUUUGUCUGCCUUGUUUUGUUUUUUUUCAGGAUUUGAACUUGCAUCUUCGAGAAGUGGACUAGUAUCGCGUCCGUCGUGGACAUCCAGGUCCCAAAAAGGGAAUAGCUGAUGUCUUUAUCCACAUGAUCCCUUUUUGUGCUUCAGUGACUUGGACUCUUGAGCCUCUUCAAGUUCAGGGCAUUCCACCAUUUGCCGAUCCCUUCCCCAGUCAUACCAACCAACAAAUUUUCCAGCUUUGGCGCUUUGCUCCUCGACGAUGGAUGAAGAACCCAAGAUCCCAAAAGACAGCUUUUUUUUAAUAUAUGGAGAGAAUCCUGCCGCCCGCCAUUGAUUCCUAAGGUACCAACCUGACCCUACAGCUUGACUUAAAGACACCAUC